AGAGAGAGAAAAGAAAGGACAAACCUUUAUCUCAUUCACCAAAUAUUCAAUUAUUUCAAUUAUUGAUCAAUACUGAAUCUAAACUACUUUAAUUCUAUGGAGAUACAAAAAUGAUGUAGCUAUGCUUGUGAAUGAAAUUCUUAUUCUCAUCCAGUUCACCUGUAUAGUCAAUUUGAUUUAGAUUUGAAAUGAGGAAAUUAAAUAUAAAAUGUGGGGUCUCAAUUUCCUGCCUUUAUAAGAUUUUUUUAGGAUCUUGAAAACUGAUUUUAAAAGUCUCCUAACAUUAGGAGACUUUAGGUUAAAGAGUUAGGUUAAAGAGACCUAACUACUGAACUUAACAUUUACUUACAUCUUUGGGGAAAAAUAUUUCUAAUUGGGAUAAUUCAAGAUCCCUAAAGGAAAUUGCAAGGUAAGUCAAUGAUACUUUAAAAAGCUGAAAGCAGUUUGAAUUUUUUUUUCUCCUGAAAUUUACACAGCAACCUUAUGUAAAUAAACAUAAUAUGAGAUUAUCAAGUUAAGGAGCUGUUGCAAACUCUAUUGCAACUCUAAAGUAAAAUCUAAAUUUAAGCAAGAAAAUCUGCAGCCAUUUACUGAACACAGUAUAUGGUGUUGUGAAUAGAGUCUACAUCCUUCAGGGUAAUUACACUGCUGACUGUAUCAUCAAAUUCAGAGGCAGAUGGCCUACCUCUGUCUGAAAAAUUUAAAAUAUUUAAUAUGCAAAAAUUUUAAAUAUUUAAUAUGCUAUCAUACUUUAAGUUUCUCUUACUAACUUCUGAGGGCUUACACUAAAAUCCUGAAAUGCAAACAAAUUUUCACCAUUUUGUUUCUUUCACUCAAGACUAAAAAUAAUUAAAAAUUGGGAUAAGUCAUUUUCAUAAAAAUUUAGAAACAUUAAUAGACACAUUGAUGGCUGUACAUAAUAACUGAAGAAUUUAGAUGAUGGUUUAAAUCUAAACCCCCACCCCAAGAUAAUUCUUCACCUACUGUUAUGUACUACCACAUAUUCCCAACCAAGUAAACACAGACUAUGUUUUUCAAAAAUAAAAAUGGGGUAUGAUCAUCUCAUCAUGAACCAGCCUAAACACUGGAGUAAUAAUAUCUAAAAUAAAAUCCCAGAAAAAUAUGGUGCAUGGUUAAAACUAUUAAUAUAUAUUUAAGACAAAGAGUUUAUUUUUCAAUAAGAAAACAAGAAAAAUGAGAACCAGACCUGAUCUUGUGUGUCUGCCCAAUAGAACUUUUCACCAUAAUUAGUGCUUGUCACCUCUAAGGGGAGGAGCUUAAGCUCAGGGUAACCUCAUGCAGCAAAGAAAAAACAGUAUAAAUACCACAGGGCAGCUCUGUAGAGGCACCUUCUGCAUUGCUCGCCUGACCAGUGGAGGCCUCAGAAAGCUGCCAAGACACCACCUCUAGGAACUCCCAGCACUCAGGCAAGUAAGUCUAUGAAUUGAUGCUCACUGGUGGACUUCCAUGUUAGCUUGCUUGGAAACAAGCUUCAAUAAAUUAACUAUUGGGUUUGCUUUGUGAUUUUUAAAAAAUGGCUUUCUACUAAAAUACACUAAGAAAGUUUCAUUUGUAUCAGUCUAUAUAAGAUAGUCCUAAUAAAACCAUAUUGUAAAAAUUUGUCCUAAUCUGAAUUUUAGUGUAUUUUGAAACUAUUGGAUAUUUCAGGCUAUGUCAAAGAUCCUGAAUUAUUUAAUAGAGACAUCCAAUAAUAAUGUGUCUCUUUUUUUGUAAAUCACUUUAUUUUUACCUUAUUACUUGAAUGUGGCUUCCAAAAACAACUAAGACAUAUAUUCACAUAAAUAAAAAAUUAUCUCUCAUUAAUUUAUGGAGUAUAUUCAAAAUAUAUAGGAUAAGGUAAAAAAGUAGACAACUGUAUAAAGACAUCUGUGUAAAAUGAGAAUAAAACAGGUCCAUAACAAAGCUGUAUAAAAUUAUUCUUUUCUGUUUUUCAGAAUCCAUCAGAGAAUAUGCUGCCAAAAAUAGCCUUUCUGCUGCUAAUGUCCUUGAACUUGGUUCCAUCCUUUACUACCUUUACAGGCAUGAAAGGACCACUACCCAACAUCAAGGCACACUUCUUCAUUCCCCACACCAUGAACAGUAAAGGUAUACCAGUAAGAAAAGAGCAAGGUAUUCCUGGUCCACCAGGCCCUGCUGGACCUCGCGGCCUCCCAGGUCCUUCUGGACCACCAGGAAAACCAGGCUACGGAAGUCCUGGACUCCAAGGAGAGCCAGGGUUGCCAGGACCACCGGGACCAUCGGCCAUUGGGAAGCCAGGUUUGCCAGGACUCCCAGGAAAACCAGGGGAGAGAGGACCACAUGGACAAAAAGGAGAUAUUGGACCAGCUGGCUUACCAGGACCACGGGGCCCACCAGGACCACCUGGAAUCCCUGGCCCAGCUGGACUUUCUGUGUCAGGAAAACCUGGACAACAAGGACCUACAGGAGCCCAGGGACCCAGGGGGUAUCCUGGAGAAAAGGGUGCACCAGGAGUCCCUGGUGUGAAUGGACAGAAAGGGGAAACAGGGUAUGGUGCUCCUGGCCGCCCAGGUGAGAGGGGCCUUCCAGGCCCACAGGGUCCCAUGGGACCACCUGGUCCUCCUGGAGUAGGAAAAAGAGGUGAAAAUGGGUUUCCAGGACAGCCAGGUAUCAAAGGUGAUCGGGGUAUUCCAGGAGAAAGGGGACCAAGUGGCCUACCAGGUCCCCGAGGUCCUCCUGGGGAACGGGGACCAGAAUGCAUUGGAAAGCCAGGAGCUCCUGGAGCCCCAGGCCAGGCAGGGAUUCCAGGAACAAAAGGUCUCCCUGGGGCUCCAGGAAUAGCUGGGCCCCCAGGAGCUCCUGGCUUUGGAAAACCAGGCUUGCCAGGCCUGAAGGGACAAAGAGGACCUGCCGGCCUUCCAGGGGCUCCAGGUGUCAAAGGAGAACAAGGGCCAGCGGGUCAUCCUGGGGAGCAAGGUCUGACUGGACCCCCUGGAAAUAUGGGACCCCAAGGACCAAAAGGCAUCCCAGGCAACCAUGGUUUCCCAGGCCCUAAAGGCGAGACGGGGCCAGUUGGGCCUGCAGGAUACCCUGGAGCUAAGGGAGAAAGGGGCUCCCCCGGGUUGGAUGGAAAACCAGGGUACCCAGGAGAACCAGGUCUCCAUGGCCCUAAGGGUAACCCAGGAUUACCAGGCCCAAAAGGUGACCCUGGAGUUGGAGGAUCUCCUGGUCUCCCAGGCCCUACGGGCCCAACAGGAGCUAAGGGAGUGCCUGGACACAAUGGGGAGGCUGGUCCAAGAGGCACCCCUGGAAUACCAGGUACUAGAGGCCCCAUUGGGCCACCAGGCAUUCCAGGAUUCCCUGGAGCUAAAGGGGAUCCAGGAAAUCCAGGUCCACCUGGCCCAGCUGGCAUAGCAACUAAGGGCCUCAAUGGACCCACUGGGCCACCAGGGCCUCCAGGGCCAAGAGGCCACACUGGAGAGCCUGGCCUCCCAGGGCCCCCAGGGCCCCCAGGCCCACCAGGUCAAGCCGCCAUGCCCGAGGGCUUUAUAAAGGCAGGACAAAGGCCUGGUAUUUCUGGGAUGCCUCUUACUAGUGCCAACCAGGGAAUAACAGGAAUGCCUGUGUCUGCUUUUACUGUUACUCUCUCCAAAGCUUACCCAGCAGUAGGUACUCCCAUCCCAUUUGAUAAGAUUUUGUAUAACAGGCAACAGCAUUAUGACCCAAGAACUGGAAUCUUUACCUGUAGGAUACCAGGAAUAUACUAUUUUUCCUACCAUGUGCAUGUGAAAGGGACUCAUGCUUGGGUAGGCCUGUAUAAGAACGGCACCCCUAUAAUGUACACCUAUGAUGAAUAUUCCAAAGGCUACCUAGAUCAGGCUUCAGGAAGCGCCAUAGUCGAUCUCACAGAAAAUGACCAGGUGUGGCUCCAGCUGCCCAAUGCGGAGUUGAAUGGCCUGUACUCCUCUGAGUAUGUCUAUUCCUCUUUCUCAGGAUUCUUAGUGGCUCCCAUGUGAGCACACUCCCACUGAGCUAAUCUAAAUCUUCUGCUUGGAAAGGCAUUUCCCCAACUCCCUCCCACCCCACAAAAUGCAUACGGAGGUAGGCUGAAAGGAAUGUGAGUAAUUUUUAUUUUCCAAAAUACAGAUUUGAGCUAUCAGAUCAACAAUUUCCCUCCCCUUGAAAAGUGAGCAGCAAGAGUAAGCAUGUGAAGACCCUCUUGAAUUGAGUGAGCAAUCCUAAGGCCCUUUAAAGUAUUCUGCGAACUCCUUUAAUAUUUAAAAUUUCAUCACAGAAGUCUUACUAAGUUAAAAAAAUAUAAAACUAGCACAAAACCCCCCCCCAGAAAUAAGCCUCUAAAUUAUAUUAAAUUUGACUUCAGAAACUUAGGAUUUCCUUGUAAAAUAAGGCUGUUUCUAACAAUCAAUAUGAGAACUUCCAGGAAACAUUCAGGAGGAAGUAUCAUAUAACUUUAUAGAACUUAAAUACUUGAAUAUUCAAAUUUAAAAGACACUGUAUACCCUGAGAUAUUUCUGAUGGUGCAUUGUUCAGAGGCCUAUAUGGUCCCUUUCAUCAAGAUCUAUUCAAAUAUACAGGUGCAUAUAUACUUUUUAAAGUUCUCAUUAAAAACCAAAAUAGUAUGUUGAAAUUAAUCUGAAAUGCAAGGUGCUUUAGUCAAUGAAUCUUUUAAAACUUUUAUGUGAUUGCAGAGAAGUUUUCUAUAUACCCAGUACAUCUUGAAAUCAGGUGUCUGACCUAUUCUUAUUUAUUUAACACAAGUGUGAUUAAUUUGAUUUCUUUAAUUCCUUAUUGAAUCUUAUGUGAUAUGAUUUUUGUGGGUUUAUAGAACAUUAGCAUAUAUACCUUGUGCCUCCCACUUCAGUGAAAUUGUAACUAAUAUCAAGGGUUUCAAAAUUUGACUAGAAGUGAAAAGAUAUUAUUUAUUUAUGCUCUGUACUGUAUUUUUAUAUUGCUGUUUAAAACUUUUAAGCUGUGCCUCACUUAUUAAAGCAUGAAAUGUUUUACUAUUCCUUAUUUACAAUGCAAUAAAAUAACAUCAAUAGAUUUUUUAUGCUGGAUUUAUUUGAAAGCAGCUAUUUGCUGUUUUCAACCAUUCUUUAGGGCUUUUUAUUUUACAAAGAUAAUAAAAAAAGUAAAAAAUAAAAAAGUGUUGGGUGGCUUUUA